AUGGCGGGCUUCAUCAAGGUGAUCUCAGCCAGCUAUGGACGCAGUGACAGAACCACCUGCAGCAGCGGACGACCAUCGAAUGAGCUUUCAAACACCAAAUGCCACCAGCACCUGUCUCGACGCAUCAUGUCUGACAGGUGCAAUGGACUACCUAGUUGUGCUGUACCCGUUACAAACUCUGUGUUCUCUGAUCCUUGUGCUGGGACUUAUACAUUCUUGGAUGUAUCUUUCAUCUGCCUCCCAGUCACAUUUAUCGCCCUGUGCCAGAAUGGCAUAGAGGCCAAGAGAUCCACAGUAUGUGAAGGCAGGACAGCACAUCUCUCCUGUGGAUUGGGUUUCAUCAAGGUGAGGUCAGCCAGCUAUGGACGCAGUGACAAAACCACCUGCAGCAGUGGAAAACCAGUCCAUCAGAUUUCAAACACCCAUUGCCGCCGCGAGUCUUCACGCAUCAUGUCUGACAGGUGCAAUGGAAUGUCUAGUUGUGCUGUACCCUCUACAAACUCUGUGUUCUCUGAUCCUUGUGUUGGGACUUAUAAAUACUUGACUGUAUCUUUCAAAUGCCUCCCAACUAAAAGAAGUGUAACGUGUGAACACGCCCGGAGUGUUAUCAGCUGUGCCAGGGGAAGCCUGUCUAUUCAUCAUGCCAAUUAUGGAAGGAGGAAUCUCCUGACCUGCCCCCAUAAACAUGCAACAACCUCAGACUGUUACCACUCUCAAACAAGCAACCUACGCUCCAGAUGCAAUGGGAAGAAGUCUUGUGCGUUACAUGCUUCAAACGCCGUCUUCUCUGAUCCCUGCUAUGGUGUCAACAAGUACUUGGAAGUGACAUAUAGUUGUGUGCACUAAUGAUACACAGAGGGAUUCUGAUGUUCUCAACACAUAAGCAAGAAGAUAAGGGAUAGCAAGGACAAAUGAGUGCAUCAUAUGGAAAUGUGCUUUAUGUUCAAAUUAAAGAAAUAU